GGCUGCACAACGACCUGAAUUCAUCACAACCUCAAACUUGCCAGACAUGACGCGGAAAGCUGCGCAACACCCCCAGGUAAGAACCUCCGAACACCAUGGGAACACUUCGAUAGAAGCAGUCCGCCCACCGACUGGGCACCAGCCACCUGACUUGCCCCCAACACAAGGCCUCUCUGGUGAUGCGCACAGACGUUUUGUUAUCGUGACAACCCUUCUGUCUUUGAUCGACCCAGUCAGAGGUGAACCAACUGUACAUAGCCUGGACAGACACCCUCACGACGGUGCUUGGAAGCAGGAGCAACUGCAGAAGAAAUUCCUCGACUCUUUUGCGCUCAUCUGCUCCACUUCGAGAAAAGGGGCCGAAACUGCUUCAGCGGUUUGUCUUGAGCAAGGUCAUCCAGAUGGUUCUGUCCUCCGCCUUGCCCGCAAUCUGAGGACCCCCGACGACUUGGUUGCCCGUCUUCACGAGGUACUUGAAGACCUGGCUGGAGUCGCAUCACGAGGUACGAUGCGAGUCAUAUCUUUCUGGAUGCCAACUAAUAACCCCCGAGAAAAGUCAGUCAAGGACGCAGAGCCUCGUAUCAUGUUCAAAAUCAUCACAUUGACUCAGGAUAAGAUUCGUGCCUUGCUUGAGACCCUCCGCCGGCCAGAAACGAACCUUCGCAUCACUGCUGCAGUCUCACAGGUGGUGGAUAAUGGAGCAUCACUUUCAGGGGAACCCGACGAAGGCGCCUUCCGCCAGUGGAUCGUCAAUCUACCGGUCUUGGCGUCACUAGACCCCCUAUCAGACCUUUCCACUCUCGCUCCACACCUCAAGUGGGCAUCCCAAGCCAGAUGGAUCUACUCGGAGCAGAUUGAGGCAAUGCUCGGACCCGAAGAGGAAGAGCUGCCGCACUGGCUCAGGUGUAUCUACAAACUUGGUCGAUAUCAUGCCGCAGCGAAGGCCAUGCUCAAGUUGGCCCUCAAGCACCCGAACAUCUUCUCCAGCAUCCGGGUUGAGGUCAUAAGAGCACCCGAUCCGGAAUCAUUCUCCCUCGGGGGAGACAAGACAGCUUUGUUUCAGGUCCUCAAGCGGUUAACUGGAACAAAUCCCGAUGAGCUCAUGAAACAAUUAGGGCGGAUAUGGCUAACAGACGAUCCCGAGGAACGUUUACGAAAGGCAUGCAAGAUGAAACUCACGGUGCACGCCGAGAUGCAACUUAUCAGCUUUUACGACCACAACCCAUCUCUCACCCCGCGUUUGCUUUUCAUGGGUACUAGUAAGAAGGCGUGUUACCUUUGUUACGAGUUUAUCUCCCGGCAUCCUCUCACCAUUGGUGUCUCUGCCAGCCACCAAAAGCUGUAUCCUACUUGGUUACCGGCGCCAUGCUCCUCAGCCGUGCGGAAAAGGCACAAGACUCUUCUGUGGGAGUUCAGUCGGCACCUCGAGGGGGUCACGACACGAGAUCUUCAAACCAGAUUGGGAAUGACGCGUCGUCCGGUCAGUUUGGACUCGACAGCCGGUCCGUCACUGACGACUACGGGGACCGAUUCGACGGGCCUUUAGACCCAGCUGUCAAAUCUGGGAAUUGAUUCGAAAGGCGGGGAGGCGUCUUCUCUUCCCGACGCUGAUGGCCCGUCUCGAGAAAUCCUGUAGACGUAGUAGACGCCGUUUAACGUAUGACUGCUAGUCGUAAUAUGUCGUCGCUAGAAGAAAGAACAUUCCAGACGUUACGACUGCGCUGACCAUC